AUGAAUUGCAAUAUUGUAUAUCAGAUAAAACGCGUCGCUGCCCAUCGAUUUCAUUUCCCUUUCAAUCUUCUUCCUCCAGCGCUUCGUCUUUGUGUCUCUAGCCAGCCUCGGGUUUGUAUUGCGCACCAGAUGUCUUUUGACUGUCACAAGAAGCAUCAGUGGUUUCUUUGGCGAGCUUUCUAUUUCAUGUACCGGGGUAGGUUGUGGUGUUCUCGCAGGGUUUUGUUUCGGCAUUGGACUUGA